GAGCUCGUGUUAUUAUACAUACAUGCUUAAACCUGGUAGUGAGCAAAUUGGAGCCACAUUUACCUGGACCGCAACUCGAGCUAGAAUACAUUUUGGCACGUCAUCCCUGAACAGAAAAACAGGUUAGAAUAGGUAACACCAAGGGAAGAAUAAAGCCGCGGUGUUUUAUUGGUUGUGUUUUAUGGGCGCGAGACAGCGUUUGUUAUCACGAGCAUCCCCGUUGCCAGGUGGCUGUUAAAAGUUUUCCGUUUUUACUUCCAUAUUUUCUGGGUGGUCACAUCCUCGGCAAUGAGUGACUUGCUAGUCUUUCUACAUUAACACACAAAUAACUUGCCAGCUUAACUAGCCAGCCAAUGACAAGACGUAUGUGAUGGCUUUCGCAAACCUGUUCACGAGACUAUCUGCUGUCGAAGAAGGCGUGAAGAGCCCCGCCGGUCAACCAGCCUUUACACGCAGGAACGAGACUGAGAAUGGUAAAAGAGGCAAUGCCAGAAAGAGGAAAGCCCAUGAUGAGCUGGCUGGCUCUUAUAGAAAGAAGCAAAGUUACCAAGCCCAGACAACCAGAAGGUAUAAUGCUGCAUCCUUUAAAGACGAUGACUCCAAGGCCAGACACUACCAUAUGCAAAACACUAAUAACGGACAUUCAAGUGUUGGUUUCACCAAAGACGUGAUGCAUAACCAUGGUCAGAAUUACAAAACUAAAAAUAACCAUAAUGUAAACAAGCAACAGCAGAAAAUAAAUCCGGAUGGGCAGAAAAAUCCGCACCGACAGAAGGAUAGAUGGAGACCUUCCAAUAGAGGUGGAAACCAUCAGACUAGACCAACUUGGACAAAACAUGGAGGAGACAGUACAAAUAAAAAUAACAAGCAGGGCGUCCAAGGGAAACGUCAAAGGUUCAUGACACCGGAGUUCAAGGUCCAGCAUGCUGUGUUGGUGGAUGGGCGGUUAGUUUGUCGAUAUUUUCUUUAUGGAAGGUGCAUCAAGGCUGACGAAUGCCAACUGGAGCAUAUUCAGGGCUACAACGAUCUCAUCAAAGAAGUCUGCAAAUUCUACAUCCAAGGCCACUGCACAAAACAGGAGAGCUGCCCAUACAUGCAACAGUCCUUUCCUUGCAAGUUCUUCCACAGAAAUGGAAAAUGUACUCAAGGAGCAGAUUGCAAGUUUUCCCAUGAGCCACUAAAUGAUGUUACUAACCCACUGUUGAAUGAGACAUUAAAACGGGACAAUGAGCUCUAUGAACAAAAACAACAACAACAACAACUUGCUGAACAAGAGUCGUCAGCACAGCCAGACAAUGCAAAUGAGCCAGAAGUUAUAGAAGCAAAUAGGACCCCUGACACACUCCUACAACCAAUCAGGCCUAACUUUUACAACAGCGCAAAUGCUGAGAAGGAAACCUUGUUCUGUCAGACUGAAGAACUGGCUGACAUUAUGGAGGAAGCUGUCCCACCACAUCCAACAGACACCACUCAUUCUCACGACGUCCCCCCGUCAAGUAAUGUCAGUCAAGAGGAGCCAGUUUGUUAUUCAGUUGCAGCAGUUCUUGGACCUCAACUAUCCAAACCUUUUCGUAGUUUCUUUACAACUCGAGGACUUCCAGAACCUGGCACGCGGUCUUCUUCUGAUUGCACUUCAGGCUCUGCAAACCAAAGCAAUGUUCCCUACUCUGUAGAUGCUGUUCUCAGGUCCUGUAAAUCAGCUGGAAGUUCUACAUUUGGCCACGCACCAACCUUACCUACUGCACAAACUGUAUCCUAUAACCCACAGACUGACUUUGAAGAGAGCACCGGUCCUCUGCUAAGCUCAGACACCCAAAAUGAGAGGGGCUUGUAUUUGCAAAAUACCAGAAAUGAAGUGAACAAACCCCAGGAGAAAAUUUUCAAGAGUCUGUCAUUCCACGAUGUGCACACUGGCCUGUUUUCAAGGACCUGCCCUAGUUUUACUAUGUCCUCUAGGGAUUACAUGAAACAAGAUGGCAGUAUGCCAGAAUCCCUGACAAUGGCCCAAAGAGCUGCUAAUAAAGUCAAGUCGGAAUUGCUGGAUUUUCCUGUUAAUGUGGCAGAGGUGGCUGCGUCCUCCAAAGACCAAGGAGAUAUGAAAGGAAGCAUGCACCAGCCUACCGAUAUUACAUGCCCUCUAAAUUGUAAAAGUGAAGGUGUUCUUCCUUUUGGACGCACUAAUUGCAAAAUGAUUUUUUCAAGCCCGCCCGGUCAGACAUCUACUUCAAAACAUCUUCCACAGUCGAGGCCACAACUCUCUGUUCUGACAUCUGUCUCCGAAGCCUCAAAGCCUUUCUGUCCCUCCUCAGGUUUCACAGAGUUUAAAGGUGAAGCCGCCGUUCCUGUUGGAUCUGUCACAUGUUUGACUAAGACAAGCGAUUCUGGAAACUCUGCCAGUUGUUAUAAUGCCGCAAAAGAACCCACUAAGCUCAACCUGCACUCCAAAAAGGCACCAUCUGGCCUUAAACCUGACACACAGCGUCAUUCAGCUGAAAUCACAGCAGAGUGCAGCAGCAAAAUGGCCCAUUGUGGGGAUUUGGCAGUUGGAUGUAAAAAGACCCUGAAAAGACCCUUUCAUAGCCUUUUCGCAAGUCCCAUUACUGACACGCUGCAGCCUCUAGACGGUUCUGGAGCCAGUUCCUCUUGUCCUCGAGGCUUAAUUCAAUCUUCCUCUCCUGCUCCUCAGUCUGCAGAUUGCGGAGGAAAUUGUGUUGAAAGUUCAGUUGGACUCGACAAAGCAUCUGCCAAGUCCUUCCGCAGCCUUUUUACUGCUCCUCUCCCUUUCAUUCGGCCUCAACCAAACUAUUCAAAGACUUCCUCCCGUUCUCAACAGCCAGACCAGUUAGUUGAUAAUUCAUCUCAUUCGUCAAACUCCAAACAAAGGGCUUCUAAUUCAGAGAUGCCUCUCCCAUGCCAGGUUAGAACUGAUGUCAAAAAAAUCCCUCAUGCCGCAAGAUCCCCCAACUUCUCUCCUAACCCUAAAGUAGAAAAUGAAGACAGUUCAACAGAGAAUGUAAAUCUACAGACAAAGCCGCUGGUGUAUACCGUCUGUAGGCUUGUGUCCAAUUCUCACAGUGAGAGGUCUACCAGUCCAACUCCUGCCAACAGUUCAUCUACGACCCAUACUCAUCAGCCAAUGCCCAACAUCUCAUCCCACAAAGAAGGAUCUUCAGUAGAAGCCACUUCAAAUUCAGUUCUGAAAACUCUCUUUCUGUGCCUGGGCCCGUACCAACAGGAUGGAGAGCAACAAGACAGUGUCCCUCCAGACUCAAGAUUCACAGUCCAGCAGUCCACUGAGAAAAACGUUGCACAGUCAACAGAGCACCAGCCGUCUCUUUCAGACGCCACAAAUCUCCUUUGAUGCAACAGGUGAAGAAACAUUGUCACACAUAACUUUCCACGCAAACCAGUGGUGCAGCAUCACACGUGACCAAGACAUCAGAGGACGGAUAGUGGGUAAAUGGGGACGUGGUGGCAAACCACUUCAGGACUUUUUAAGACUUUAACGUUUUUCCACUUCAGACAUUAGAGUUGGGUUCAGUUUAUGUUAAAUCACACUAAUAAUCUUGAUUAAUCUAGCUAGUCAUGAAAAUAAUGUAUGGCAGCACACACAUUUAAACCUUGUUCCAUAUUUAAGAUCUACAGGCUUCUUUGUAUUUUUAUUUUUUUGUGUGCAGAUUCUACUACUUCUAAUGCUAAACAUAUUUUGAACAUUGAUCUAUGUGUCCUAGAAAAUAGCCAGGCUGCAUAAAUAAAUUGCCUUCUGAAUUAUCUUCCAGUUGUACCACAAAUAAACAUCAAAUUCUUGUACUCCUUUUUGUUUCAAAUGUGCAGUAAUAGUAAUUUAUUAAGAGUGUUUUAGACAUUUAAUCUUUUGAUUGAAAACAGAAAUAUGAAUAUGAACUGUAAGUUUAAAUCAGGAUGUCUGCUGGUUUUUUGAGCAGAGUUAAAAAGGACUUAAUAUGUUUCCCUUUGAUGCCAUAUAUUGUGGAGAAGUUAUGUCUUUGAAAACAAGUACAAUAGGGAUGUUUGUGAUCUACACUGACUGGAUUAUAAAUGAUUUAAAAGAUUAGUUGACCUGUUUGACCUGCACAUGUGGGACAGGAGUGAAGGAGGCUGCAGGGUAACUGCAGAAGGUUACAGCAUGAGCAUUAGCAUGGAUCUUAAGAAGUCCGUGUAGUGUAAUGCACAAACAAUAUCAGUACUGGGGAAGAGCAAUAUAAUUAUUUUUGCUUUAUUUUUUUAAACAAUUAUGUUUUGUUUUUUUAUUCUUAAUAGUUUCACUUCUUGUCCUUCCGACUCAUUCUUCCAAGCAUGCCUCUCUUGUCUGAUGUGCGUACUUGAAAUCCAUCUCAAGUUCAGCAAUACAGGCCAAUUUCUUGAUGUUGCUUUUUGAAAAGAACCUGUAAAACAGUUAUUUAUUUUGUUCAGGUCACUUGAA